UCGCGACGGCCUGCCACAGAGAAAAGACUUAAUCCCUUACUCGUCCGCUCUUUAAUAAUACUACCGAAUACCGCUCCCUUCUUCGAAUCUCACCAAAGAAAGGGAUAUUUGCAGUAAUAAUCAGACCCGCUCACGACCAACACAAUGCCUUCCAUCCAGCACCUCAUCUCCCGCAACGCCCCUGGCGUUGUCACCCGCGACGUCGAUGGCGGCGACACUCUCAACCUCAUGAUUGUCGUCCUCGCGUUGAUCUUCUUCGCCCUCCUCCUCGUCUCCACACUCUUCCUCAUGCGCCGCAUGCGCAGACAACAACGCCAACAGAUGCUUCCCGCCUAUCAAGAAGUCAAGGGUGGCGCCAGAAAUCACCACAACCUCACCAUCCAGACAAGUCAAGAUGGCCGCUCAAGCGUCCUCUACAUCGGCCAGGACGGACGCUCGCCGAUGCUCCAGAACCCCCAGUCCGCUCCCCACUCUCCCGACAACGUCCCCGAGAUCCACAUCACCUUCCCCGACGAGCAGGAUGAGGGCGGCCGCCGCAAGAGUGGCCGUGUCCUCGUCGUCCGCGUUGGCGACGGCGGCUCCGUCGGCCUCGAGCCUGUUCGCGACGAGCAGCUCCCGGCGUACGAGAAGGACAGCAAGUCGCAGUUUUACUCUGUCGAUAUCGACUCAAUCGGCGGCCUGCGUGAGAAGGAGCGCUUCAACUAAGCAACCAAAACCAAAACUAUCAAGUGUCCAACUUUUGCCCGGACAAAUUUCUUCUGUACAGAUCGGUCCCCGCUGUACAAACCACUCAGCAUUUUUUCUCAACAUGGCAUGGCGUUCGACGACACACACUUUUAUACCCUGCGCACCGGGAUGACUUUCUGCCCGAUGCAUGGUCCACACACAC